ACCUCGUGAACUAAUUUUUUGAGUUAUGCCCAAGAAUAGCAAUAAUGUACUAAACGUUGUCAAUUACUCUAUAAAUAGAGAAGAACUCCGCUUUCUUCUUCACUUCUCUUUGUGUUCUUCUUAGGUUCAUCUAAAUCCUUUCUUUGUUACAAUAUGAAUCGAUUCUGGACUUUGAUCACUCAUCUUCAUACUCUAGCAGGGCCAGUGAUGAUGUUGCUUUAUCCACUAUAUGCAUCUGUAGUAGCUAUAGAGAGCACAUCCAAGUUGGAUGAUGAACAGUGGCUUGCUUAUUGGAUCCUAUAUUCUUUUCUUACACUUAUGGAGAUGUUGCUUCAACCCAUCCUUGAAUGGAUACCAAUUUGGUACGAUGUGAAGUUGAUAUUUGUGGCAUGGCUAGUUCUGCCUCAGUUUAGGGGAGCUGCUUUUAUAUAUCAGAAGUUUGUUAAAGAAAAACUAUUCAAGAAAUUUGGAGGAUCACAGCAGCACAACUCUCCUAAUGGCAAAGCUAAUUAAACCAAAUUUGUGGACUUCAUUACUCCAAAUUAAAUUAAGAAAGUGAGUUCAAGUAAAUGUGCUUAGGAUUAUGUUUGUAAUAGUUGAAGUUUUAUUUACAAAUCCUUUACGUAUAAACUAUAAAGUCUUGAUCUUUAAAGCUAGAGAAAAAUUAUAAGUUAUUCAAGAUUUGUUGGUUUGUAAUUUGGAAAAUGUUGUUCAUUGUGAGGUUUGCUCAGGCAGAUUAGAGUUACGUUGUUACCGUAUUUAAAGAUUGGUUGACAUAUGUUAUAGUUCUUUUUUCUUUUUUCUU